UCAAGCUCUCCGGUUUCAUCAAAGACGAGGAUGUGAUCCAUAAUUUAAAGAACAAGUUGCACGCGAACAAAAAUGCUGUCAGCGCUGCUUGGAUGCGUGUGGCCAAGAAAAUGGACAGAAGUGUUGAUGACUGCCGAGCCAUUUACAAAAGCAUCCGAGACAGCCUACGCCACAAACAAAAAAAAGUUUGUGGAAAAUCGGGAGACAGUGGCGACGAAAUGUUCUGUGGUGAAACCGGGUGCUCUGAACUGAAUGACGCUUUGGCAUUCCUCACGCCAACCUCGUCCAAGUUUCCUCGGUCCACUAUAAUUAUGGGUGGCACAGAGGAGGAAACAAAGUCUUUAAGUGAAGGGGAGUCAAGUUCGGCAAUAUAUAAAUAUGCUUCAAAGAGAGGAAGCAACACACCAGAUGCGCUGGAAGCAUCAGUGUCCGACUUGACAAAGACACUCAGCACAUUUGUCCAACAAAAUUCGGCUGCUUCGAAAUCUGAAUUAAAGUUCGAAUAUAUCUGGAAAAACCUCGACGUACUUUUCCAGAAAUUGUCGGAGGAUGAUGUGGUUGAUUUAAAUCAGCAAUUCAUUACAAUGACCUGCGAAAAAAUUAAAAGUGUGUCGUUGGAAUGA